CGCCCGGUUCCUCAAAAUCUCCCAUCCGCAGUUUGAUGAUGUUGGGUUUUCUAUGAGCGUGUGAAACCGAUGACAGCUCUUUAUUAAACUAACAAAUGCCCCAGAACUGAGCGGAGCCGUGUAGAUCAACGAAAGUGCGGUCGAAAAGGGCGCAAACAUGUCGGCCAGCGCUGUUUAUGUGUUAGACCUGAAGGGGAAGGUCCUGAUCUGCCGUAAUUACCGCGGUGAUGUGGACAUGUCUGAGAUUGAGCAUUUUAUGACUCUGCUGAUGGAUAAAGAGGAGGAGGGCACACUUUCACCCAUCCUGGCUCACGGUGGAGUGCGCUUCAUGUGGAUUAAACACAACAACCUGUACCUUGUUGCAACAUCCAAAAAGAACGCUUGUGUCUCCCUGGUUUUUUCUUUCCUCUACAAAAUUGUUCAGGUUUUCUCUGAGUACUUUAAGGAGCUGGAGGAGGAGAGUAUCAGAGAUAACUUUGUCAUUAUCUAUGAGCUGCUGGAUGAACUCAUGGAUUUCGGAUAUCCUCAAACUACUGACAGCAAGAUCCUCCAGGAAUACAUCACACAGGAAGGUCAUAAAUUGGACACAGGAGCUCCUCGACCCCCUGCGACCGUCACCAAUGCCGUGUCCUGGAGGUCGGAGGGCAUCAAGUACAGGAAGAACGAGGUUUUCCUGGACGUCAUCGAGUCCGUUAACCUCCUGGUCAGUGCGAAUGGAAAUGUCCUUCGCAGUGAGAUUGUUGGCUCCAUUAAGAUGAGAGUGUUUCUCUCAGGGAUGCCAGAGCUGCGUUUGGGUUUGAACGACAAGGUUUUGUUCGAGAACACUGGCCGUGGUAAGAGUAAGUCGGUGGAGUUGGAGGAUGUGAAGUUUCAUCAGUGUGUGCGUUUAUCUCGAUUUGAGAAUGAUCGCACCAUCUCCUUUAUUCCUCCUGAUGGAGAGUUUGAGCUGAUGUCCUACCGCCUCAACACACAUGUAAAGCCACUGAUCUGGAUCGAGUCUGUGAUCGAGAAGCAUUCGCACAGCAGGAUCGAGUACAUGAUUAAAGCCAAGUCUCAGUUUAAGCGGCGAUCUACUACUGCCAACAAUGUGGAGAUUCAUAUUCCAGUCCCGACAGACGCCGACUCGCCAAAGUUUAAGACCACAGUGGGCAGCGUAAAGUGGGUGCCGGAAAACAGCGAGAUUGUUUGGUCUGUGCGUUUGUUUCAGGGAGGUAAGGAGUAUCUGAUGAGGGCUCAUUUCGGCCUGCCCAGCGUCGAGGCGGAGGACAAAGAGGGAAAACCACCUAUCAGUGUCAAGUUUGAGAUCCCCUAUUUCACCACUUCUGGAAUCCAGGUGCGUUACCUGAAGAUCAUUGAGAAGAGUGGAUAUCAGGCCCUGCCGUGGGUUCGGUACAUCACCCAGAACGGAGACUAUCAGCUGCGGACUCAGUGAGAGGAACGCAUCAUGGGUCACGUCACACUCAUCUGCAGCAGAAUACUCAAAUACAGGUCAUGCUUUGGCUACAGCUCACAAUAAUGGAUUGAAAUUGAAUCUUUAGUACAGCGUUGACUAGAUUUGGUCCCGAUUACAAAGAUCCUGAUCGUUGGAAAACACAAGUGGAUGAUGAAUCACUAGUAACUAAUAAGAUGUGAAUCAUAUGACUCUUUUGAAUCGUUAAAUUUUUGAAUCAUUUUUUUCUAUUGUUUAAUUGUUUUUUCCAUGAUAAUAAAUCAUUCCUGUUGUAGCCGGUUUCAA